UCCGGGAAGCGGAUCGCCCAGCAGAGGAGCUCGACCGCGCUGGCCAUGGCCUCCAACUUUAACGACAUAGUCAAGCAGGGCUACGUGAAAAUCCGCAGCAGGAAGCUAGGGAUAUUCAGACGAUGCUGGUUGGUUUUUAAGAAGGCUUCUAGCAAGGGGCCCAGAAGGCUAGAAAAGUUUCCAGAUGAAAAGGCAGCUUAUUUCAGAAACUUUCACAAGGUAACUGAACUGCACAACAUCAAAAAUAUAACCAGACUGCCUCGAGAGACAAAGAAACAUGCAGUGGCAAUUAUCUUUCAUGACGAAACGUCAAAGACAUUUGCUUGUGAGUCAGAGCUGGAGGCUGAGGAGUGGUGCAAGCACCUUUGCAUGGAAUGCCUGGGGACGAGGCUGAAUGACAUCAGCUUAGGGGAGCCUGACCUGCUGGCAGCUGGGGUGCAGCGUGAACAAAAUGAACGAUUCAAUGUUUAUCUUAUGCCUACACCCAACCUGGAUAUUUAUGGUGAAUGCACAAUGCAGAUCACUCAUGAGAAUAUCUAUCUCUGGGAUAUCCACAAUGCCAAGGUCAAGCUGGUGAUGUGGCCUCUUAGCUCACUAAGGAGAUACGGUCGGGAUUCAACUUGGUUCACCUUUGAAUCAGGAAGAAUGUGUGACACAGGAGAAGGACUAUUCACUUUUCAAACAAGGGAAGGAGAAAUGAUCUACCAGAAGGUCCACUCUGCAACACUGGCUAUAGCUGAGCAACAUGAAAGAUUAAUGUUAGAAAUGGAGCAGAAAGCCCGGCUUCAGACAAGCUUGACUGAACCAAUGACAUUAUCGAAAUCCAUCUCUCUUCCUCGAAGUGCAUACUGGCAUCACAUUACACGUCAGAACAGUGUUGGAGAAAUCUACAGCUUGCAAGGUCAUGGGUUUGGUUCAUCAAAGAUGUCCAGGGCACAGACAUUUCCCAGCUAUGCUCCAGAACAGAGUGAAGAGGCUCAGCCACCAUUGUCACGGUCCAGCAGCUAUGGAUUCAGCUAUAGCUCCAGCCUCAUUCAAUGACACACAGAGACCACCAAUGACCAGCAAGACAGUCUGCCCUGGACCUGCCAUGGGGUCAUUUCACCCCAUGCUCCUGGAAGACCAAUUGCAGUACAAUUUAACAUUGGUAGGGCCUAGCCCCGACUAGAAGGUUAAAAACUGGAGUUCUGCUUCCUUGAUUCAGUGGUUAAGUCCUUUAUUUAUUGAAUUUCUAUGGGGGAAAUCUAUG